UUUAUAAAAUUCUUUAAAAUGGCUGAACUUUUAUCGAAAGAAAAAGAAUUUCUAAAAUUAAAUGAACAAUUAAAUUUUAUGGCAUCAAAUGCCAUGGAGCAUCAAACAAAUGCAACGGGGCAGCGAAUAAAUUCGGAAAAAUCAAAUCAUUCCCGUUUUCAUACCUAUCAAAAGGCCAAGGGUCAAAGUACUUUUUUGAGGAAACGUGGUUCGGGUGAUGGUCCAACCAGUGAUGUAGGAAACAAUCAGCAAAUUUCUCAAAAUCCAAUGGGACGUUUUAGCAUGACAAUGGGUAGAGAUACCUAUCGUCAGGGUAACCGUCAAACCGGCAAUGAACCCAAUCAAUCACCAAGGAUAACAGUUACUGCACCCACACCAACACCACCUCCCACCGUGAUUUCAUCCACUAUGGCCCACAAUUCCAGUGUCAUAAGAACAUAUGCAGCUAAUAUGCGAAAAAAUCCACCACCAACCUCUAAUAUUUCUACUGCCGCUAGGGGUAAUGAAACCUUUCGUGCUCCCAAUCAAAAUCGUUUCAGUCGGGCGCCACCCACAAAUACCUCCACAUUUACCAUCAAGUAUCGUAAUCCGAAAUUUGUUAAAAGUCCCUCAUUGGAGGUGUUGUUAAAGGAUGAAUGUUCUGCAAUAAGAAAUCAGACAUCUUCGGAAGAUUCGCCCCAUUUGAAUGGUAGCGUUUCAUCAAUUGCACCAGAGGAUUCCAUAUCAAAUGGUCGUCAUUCUCAAGCUAGUAAUAUGACAAUUGGUUCGAAAAAGAACGUAAGCACCGAUGGAUUGAUCAAAUUCCUUAAAUCCAAGGUGACCAUACUGGAAGAUGAUCACUCUCGCCUAUCCGAAGAGCUAAGCAAACAAAAGGAACUUCUCGAAAAAGCCCUAGAACAAGCUAAGGCUAUGGAAAAGCAGCGCGAUCAAGCCACAACAAAAAAUAAUGCACUUAAAGAACAAUUGGCGAAAUUGGAAUCCCAGCUGGAACAAACCACUCAGCAUAACAAGGAUCAGAACAAAGAAUAUCUGAAACAGCAAAAAGACUUGGAGACUGCGAAGAGAGAAAUUAAAAUUCUAACACAAAAUAAUAAAAACCUCGAGAAACGACUCUAUCGGGCAAAUGAAGAUCUAGAAAAUUCCCGAACUUCGUUGAGUGAAAUGAAAAAAUCCGAAAAGGAAUUACAGGAAAAGGUCCGUCUAGAUUUGGACGACAAAGAUAAACAAAUUAAGAAUUUAAAGAAACAGAGAGCUGAUCUGCUAAAUGCCUAUAAAAAGCAGUUAUUUUUGAUUGAUAAUUUGAAAAGGCAAAACAUUUGUUUGGAACAGGCCAAGAUGUUGCAAUUCGGAGAAAAGGAAUUCUCUAAGAUUUUGGAAUGGGAUAUGAAAUCGUAA